CACUCGUAGAAUCCAGCACACACACGGCAGGCAACCUUCCGAAUCAAAUCAUCCACAUCUCCAGACUCUACGACCUCGUGCUCAAUCAACCCCACACCACCACCACCACCACCCCCCGAUGCUCACAGUCUAUGCCCCAUUUCACCCUUGACAACACGUCGGCGAACAACCCCACCGGCCUAACGCGGCACCUGGACACCACCGUCGAAGAAUAUGUGUUCCCGAUCCUCAUCGCGCUGGCAUGGUGCAACGCCAUCGAGCUGGUGAUCCUCUGCCUGAACACCUUCAAACGAUACGAGGGAUCCUACUUCUGGAGUCUCCUGAUCGCGUCCUUCAGCAUCAUCCCCUUCGGCCUGGGCUACAUGCUCAAGAUGUUCGGCGUAACCUUCACGCACUACUUCCUCGAGAUCAUAAUCGUGGACAUCGGCUGGACGGGGAUGGUAACGGGGCAAUCGAUCGUGCUGUGGUCGCGUCUGCAUCUGGUUUUUCACCAUAAGAGGAUCCUGCGCGCGCUGCUGUAUCUGAUCAUCGUGGAUGCAGUACUGCUGCAUACGUCGAGCACCGCGCUGGAACUGGCCGUGAAUGCGCGCCCGGGGUCGGAUGCGAUUAAUCUGGCCUUUGGCGUGAUUGAGCGCAUCCAGCUGGUUUGGUUCUGCGUGCAGGAACUGCUGCUCUCCGGUCUGUAUAUCCGUGAGACGGUGAGGAUGCUCCGUAUGGAUUCGGGCGGGCUGUCGCGCAGUGUGCUUACCCAGCUGCUGCUGGUCAAUAUCGCCAUUAUCUUGCUAGAUCUGUCUGUCGUGGCCAUUCAGUAUGCCGGGUACUUUACCUUUCAGGUUACCUUCAAGGCCCUGGUGUAUAGCAUCAAGUUGAAGCUGGAGUAUGUGAUCCUGGGACGGUUGGUGGAUGUCGCGUAUAUAAGGACGCAGGCGGAGACACCGAGGUUUCGGUUUUGAUUUUUUUUUUUUUUUUUUCGUCUGCUUUUUCUCCUUUCCUUUCCUUCUUUACUCACCUUUGAUUGAUUUUUACGGUUUUUUGUGGUUUUUGUUAUUAUACCCAGAAUU